GAACCCGGUGACGAAUGCAGUAGCAGCCUUGCCUCCCUCCCCCCGCGCGCGUUUAGGAAGAGGAGGAGUUUUACCUGGAGAUCUGAGAGGGAGGAGCAGGAGAUGUCGCUGCCUCCCGUCAGCCAGGUAGAGAAGGAAGAGGAGAUCGCUAAAGAACCACUGCAGGAGACGCGCUUCUUCCUAGCUUUACUAGGAAAGGGUGUAUUGGUCGAUCAUCUCCGGACAAAGCUGGAGUGAAGAGACCGCCGUCAGCUAGGGGUGGAUACCUACCUACCUGCCUGCCUGCCCGCCCACCCAGCGAUGGCUGCGGGCUGGUUGACGGCGCGGGUGCUGGCCAAACUUCUGCUGGCUGCCAUUCUAAUUCUACAGGGGGCGGCAGGUGCCCUUGCAUUCUUCCUUCAGCCUGGUGACAACAUAACAAUUACGAUAAAAUCUGGAGCACCUAUUCCACAACACUGUGCACUUUGUGUGGGGAGACAAUGCGUUCCAGAGCUGCAAAUAAAUCCUAGGGAGCAGAAGGAUUUUACCUUUGGCUGUAAUACACCGCAUAAAUAUUGGGUUCUGGUGAUUCAGAGGAACAUUGACUGUACGUCAGGACGAUGUCCCUUUGGAGAGGUUUUGCUUCAGCCUUCAGGAACGCCUCUCCUUAACAGGACCUUCACUUGGGAUAUUAAAACCAACAAAACACUUGGACUUGAACUGAAGUUCUCUACAUGGUUACGACAAAUUAUGCCUGGAGAAGCUUGUCCUAAUCAAGUCACUUACAGCAUUGGUACCCGCCUUGAUGCAAAAUUUGUAAACAUUGGACAUUUUUGCACAAAUGGUUCAGUUUCUCGGGUGAAGGUGCAGGGGGGAGUAAUCAUGACCCUACAACUUCCUUGGGAUUCAAAACUCACUACCUCUGGCUUAAGGAUUGAAAACAGAUCUGCCAUUCAAAGAUUGUGCAUUAUUGAAUCAACAUUUCAAAAUGAAUCCCAUGCCGUUAUGAUGGCUGCCAACUAUCCAUCGGGAUUUCCAAAUGACCAACUCAUGACAUGGCAAUUUGUCAUUCCAUCCAACUUAAGAGCCAACGUUCUCUUCCUCAACCACACCUUAGCAAACUGUGAGUGGCAAGAGCAGAAGGUGGAGUACUACUUACCUGAUGCUAAACGUGAGGUGUAUUCACUGAAUAUGGAGCAACCAGUCAAUAUUCCUGGUCGUUUCAACCUUACCCUGCAAAGCUGCCAUCAAGACUCCCAGAACCCAGGGUCGCUUACUUUGAUGUUUAAAGUUGUCAUUCAGUACCCUCAAAAUGAAAAGAAUGUAACCUACACAAUUGAUCUAAGUAAGGAGAAGGACAUGAAUGUUACAAUUUAUUCUCAGACACCAUAUUCUGGGUACCAUCUGAUGAAUGAACCUUUAUGCUUGAUCUGUCUAAGUGUUAGAAAGUGUAAAUCCAACGUGACUCUGUUUUCUGGUGACAAAUACUCCAUAAUGUUUCUGUGCAGAGAUGUGGAGAAAAUAAGAAUAAUUGGUGAACAAUCUAGAGUCUGCCACACUCCCAAGACCUGCCAAAUGAUCACCCACCACCUGGUUGUACCUCGUGCUCUUACCCAAUUGCCAAUCCAGCUUGAGACGUUUACAUGGAAACUCUCGGCUCCAGAGGCAGUCAACAUAGAAAUCAGGUCUCCAACCUUGAAACUUCACCAAUCUAUCCCAAACCAAACAGAUCAGAAAUGCACUGGAAGUUACUCCUACACUAUUAAUGGCACCACCCCAAAAAAGGCAUUCAGUCUUGGUUUGUUCUGUCCUGGUAGAGCCAUUGAAAAAAUCCAGAUGAGGAACAAUGUCACCAUAACACUUAAGACAUAUGGGAAAAGGUUUUUCAGUGAUUCUUCGAAACAGGAUCUACAGAUGUCUUUUAUGCCAGGUAUACAAGAAGAGUGUAUCUUCACUGUUACUCCAGAUCCACAAUCCACAGUUUUCCUACAGACCCCUAAUUGGGUUGAAGGUCUUCCACCACAUAUGUCUGUAUACUGGAACAUCAGUGUCCCACCAAAACAAACUGCGCAGCUAGCAUUCAUAAAUGACCGGAUGGGUGUGACUUGUGAAAGUGGGCGAGCCAACAUCUAUAUCCAGGAACAGAGCCCAAAAGCAGAGGAAACUGUGCGCCGUGAUGAUCAGCUCCUGCCGAAGACUCUAGACAUGUCUAAUAAUUUCUGGAUAAAUAUCACAAACUGUAAACCAGCUGCCAAGCAGCAACUGUCUGUGCAAUUCAAAAUGACCUUUCAUAAAAAGGCAGGCAAGUUGGCUGCCAUAAUUGGAGCAGUGUUUGGUGGGAUAGCAGUGCUUGUGGCUAUUGGGCUAGUCAUAUACUGUGUUAAGAAAAAGAGGAAAAAGGAAAAUCCAACCCCAAUGGUGGGAGUGUACAAUUCAAACGUCAACACCCAAAUGCCUGGAAAACCGGGCAAAUUCAAAAAGAGGAAGAAUAAUGAGUCUCAUGUCUAUGCAGUUAUUGAUGAUGUCAUGGUAUAUGGGCACUUGCUUGAUGCAUCUAGCAGACCAGAAAAUGCUGAGAUCGGUGUGUACCGGCCUUUUUCUGGGCCUGUGAGUACACUUCCACCUUCCCCACCUCCAAUCAGGAAAAUCUCCAAAGUGUCCAACCCAGAGGAGUCCUCAUUCAUACCCCUAACUGACAAUGAGACCUAUACCUUUGCACACCGCGCACCAGAGGAACCCAAGAGCAAUGGUGAUAUCAAUGUGAGUGGAAAUGGAAAUGUGAGCAGUGCUUUACUUGAAAAGAGUGGUCAGGAAAAUUCUGUGGAAUAACUUCUGUACCAAGUCUAUGACUUCUCUAGUACAAAGCAGCAACUGAGACUUAUACUUGUGUGGACCUGCAAGGAUAAUACCUUUUGAAACCCACUACUACACAUGUUUCCUUUAUUAAAAAGUUGGUUGCACCUCUGUUCAGUUUUUAGAAUGAACCUUCAGAAAAUGAAAGUUUUGGCAAAGCAUGCUGGAAAGAAAUGCAAAUAACUUCAAAUAUGGAAAGGGACAGAAAAAUGCAUUUCCAUUUUUUUAAAAUAAUAAACAUGUUUUUUGAAAAGAUAAGAGACCAGAAUCAGAAGUUCAAUAGGAAUGGGAAGCUGCACUGCAGAAAUCCACUAUUUUGUCCUCUGUUUUCUGAAGAUUUGAACCAUGCUGAGAAUGAAAGUUUACAGCAGAAAAUAGGAUAGCUUGAAGAUGGUGUACCUAAUUAAAGCCUUACCAUUGGAAGAUGGAUGUUAUGCACAUGAGUUUAUUCCCUAAUAAGGAUUACAUCAGUAGUGCAACUCAACAGCAAAAGUGACUGUGCUACUUGUACAUAAGAAUUCCACUCAUCUUCACUUUUAAUCAGUUAUAUAAUAUAUGUGUAACUAAGGAUAUUUUAUUUGUAUUUUUUCUACUUUAUAAUGAAAAGGGUUUUGCUACUUUUAACCAAUUAUCUUCAAUGGUACUUUUAAAAGGUUGGGUAUUGCCGGGAUCUAACAUAAAGGAAUUAUUACUCCAACAAUAAAAAUGUGGCUAAUGUAUACAAUGCCCUGUCUUUAUGAUGGAUUAUCAGUAUAUAGUACACAAAGCAUGGUAGACUUAAAUGUGACAGUAUCCAAGUGUGUGCUAGUGGGACUCAAAACCAUAAGUAACAUAUGAGUUUGAGUUCUACUGAUUCUCAGAAGAAUCUGAGGUCCAAGGACACAUGGAACGUGCUCUUUUUUCCAGUGCAAUUAUUACAGUGGUUAAAUGUUUACCUUCAGAUACACAAGUACAGAGUGAAUUAUACACAGAAGCAAGAGGCCAUUCCAACCCUGUUCAAUUCUGGACUUUCGCAGCAUACAUGACCAAACAUUUAUUUCUAUAGUGAAGUGUCUCAUUUUAGGGUAUGGCAUGAUUUGGUGGAACAUAUAUUAUUUUUCACAUACUAGAUUUCCAAACUGGCACUGACUGGGUUAUUGCAACAGAAGUCUCUCAUAGGGGGUGACUAAGCAGAAUGCACAUUGGGAAAGGAAUGAAAGACAAAGUUUUCUUUAUCCUGAUAACAUUAUUUGUCUUAAACAUUUAUCAUUGCAAAAAAAAAAAAGGCAGUAUAAUAUUUUUAUGUGGGAAAACAUGCUUAUAAGGCUUUGUGGAUGCUAUUUGGAUUUAGCACCUUCUUUUUGGUAUGCAAGCAUGUGACGAUUGCAUGAGACCUCUUGCACAAGUUCCACUUCCAGUUCUUGAGCAAGGGAUGUUCCUGGUGGCCUUAGAUUUCAUGGCAAGUUAAAUUUUAUGUUUCUGGUUUAAAUCCAAAGGGUUGUUUAGUGGUGCUUGCUAAACAUAAUUGGGUCCUGUCGCCAGCCCCCACUUCCAAAAGUAACACUUAUGCUGCCUGACAAGUUGCUCCUAAAAUCAGGGCAACUUCCAGAGAGUGGCUUCUAUAUCACAGAGAGCACCAGCUUGACAAAAAGAAAUAGCAAAAUGCUGAGGCAUUCCUAUGCAUUUCCUGAAGACGCUUUUUGGAUUUCUUUCAGCAAAUAUGUUCAGCCUAUUUUGUACUUUGUAAAUAUGAAAAUACACUAAAACACUGAACAUUCUUUUUUUUAAGUUGCGUGAAAGAACAUUUCUUGGCAGCAUUACUUCUGAAAUGAAUGUUUGUUAUCAGUAUAAGGCAGUUUUAUCUUAAUGCUAAGAGGUUUCUUCUAGUAACUUUUGUCCACACAGAACACUAUGCAAUAAAAUUUCAUAAGACUUGCAGAGUCAAGUCUGAAGUAUGGAUUUUUCCCCUCUCUCUCCCUUGCAUUUUUACUUUUUUGUCAUUUCUGUAGGUCUUCAUUCAAUAACUUAUUCAGUGUGUGUGUGUGUGUGUGUGUGUGUGUGUGUAUUGUAGGAAUUUUUUAAAGCCAGGUUUAAGAUGUUGUCCUAAUCCAAUACAUUAUCUUUGUAAAUAUUUGACGAAGGCUGAAAUGUGAAGGGUUUCAUCAUUCUGGAGCAUUGUAAUUUCUGAAGUUUCUAUGAUGCAAGUCGGUGUGUCUGUUUUUGUUUUUACUUGCAAUUUGUGGAUACAACAAAAAGGCACAUCUUCAAGAGUAGUUAUGUUUGUGAGUUCUUAAAAAUGUAAAAUAAAAUAAAAUUUGGUUGAUUUGAGGGA